CAACCCUAUCAUUUCACAGGGAAGCAAUGUUAUGGAAGACCAGGAUUUGUUGGAAAUUGGAAUCCUUAAUUCUGGGCACCGACAAAGAAUUCUACAGGCAAUCCAGCUCCUUCCAAAGAUGAGACCCAUCGGCCAUGAUGGCUACCACCCCACCUCUGUGGCCGAGUGGCUGGAUUCCAUUGAACUAGGCGACUACACCAAAGCCUUUCUAAUUAAUGGCUACACAUCGAUGGACCUGUUGAAAAAAAUCUGGGAGGUUGAACUUAUUAACGUAAGUUGAUCUCUUAACGACACCUUAUCAACCCUUGAUGAUUCUUACCAUAGGUGGGUAAUUUUUUCUUUCUUCAUAGCUGGACAUCCAACGAGGAUUUAUGGAUAUGCCUUCUGUUUUGAAUAUAUGUCUCUCUUGAUUCUAGUCAAGCUCCACAGUCAUUAUCCUUUGAAGUUUAGGAGUGGGGACUAAGAGGACUUUCAGGGUGUUUUACAUUAUUUCAGGAAACCUCCCAAGCAGCUUUGGGAUUUCCAUUUUAAGAAAUUUUGUCACUCUAGGAUAUGGACAUGAUAACAAAUCAGCUCCCUUUCUAUUCUUUGCUCUUAUUCAUUUUUU